CUACUAGGCCCACGAAUGAGAAUGUGGAGAACUGACCAACAGUUCCUGCGAUUUUCAUCAGUUCAUAAGCAAAACCCUUACAUCUUUCUCUCUGUGUAUGUAGUAUUUGUAUUUGUUCGUGAUUUUACCUCCUAAUCAGGACUUCACUAGGGCUCUCACCCAUAACCAUGUCUUCUACACUCGAAAUCGAAGCUCGAGAUGUCAUUAAGAUAGUUCUUCAAUUCUGCAAGGAGAAUUCUCUGCAUCAGACUUUCCAGACAUUGCAAAAUGAGUGCCAGGUUUCUCUUAAUACCGUGGACAGCCUUGAAACCUUCAUAGCCGAUAUUAAUAGUGGAAGAUGGGAUGCAGUACUACCUCAAGUUGCACAAUUAAAGCUUCCGAGAAAGAUACUGGAGGAUUUAUAUGAGCAGAUUGUUUUGGAGAUGAUUGAACUUCGAGAGAUGGAUACUGCACGGGCUAUUUUAAGACAAACCAAUGUGAUGGGUGUCAUGAAACAGGAGCAACCAGAAAGAUAUUUGCGGCUCGAACAUCUACUAGUUCGGACUUACUUUGAUCCACAUGAGGCUUAUAAUGAUUCAACCAAGGAGAAAAGACGUGCCCAAAUUGCCCAAGCACUUUCCGCUGAGGUUUCUGUUGUUCCACCAUCGCGUUUAACGGCUCUGAUUGGUCAAGCCUUGAAAUGGCAGCAGCAUCAAGGUUUACUUCCACCUGGAACACAAUUUGAUCUAUUCCGAGGUACAGCUGCUAUGAAACAAGAUGAAGAGGAUAUGUAUCCAACAACACUCGGCCACACUAUUAAGUUUGGGAAGAAGAGUCAUCCUGAAUGUUCUAGGUUCUCCCCUGAUGGACAAUUCCUUGUCUCAUGCUCAGUUGAUGGAUUUAUUGAGGUAUGGGACCACGUAAGUGGAAAACUGAAGAAGGAUCUUCAAUAUCAGGCUGAUGAAACUUUUAUGAUGCAUGAUGAUGCUGUCCUUUGUGUUGAUUUUAGCAGAGACUCGGAGAUGCUUGCAUCUGGGUCACAAGAUGGAAAAAUAAAGGUUUGGCGUAUAAGGACUGGCCAGUGCUUGCGCCGUCUUGAACGUGCACAUUCGCAGGGUGUCACCAGUCUUGUCUUCUCUCGAGAUGGAAGUCAGAUCUUAAGCACAUCCUUUGACAGCACAGCAAGAAUUCAUGGUCUGAAGUCAGGUAAAUUGUUAAAGGAAUUCCGCGGGCAUUCAUCUUAUGUGAAUGAUGCCAUCUUUAAUAAUGAUGGAUCUCGAGUCAUCACCGCAUCUAGUGACGGCUCAGUGAAGGUCUGGGAUGCCAAAACUACAGAGUGUCUGCAGACAUUUAGACCACCACCUCCUUUAAGGGGUGGUGAUGCAUCUGUGAAUUCUGUCCAUCUUUUCCCUAAGAACACAGAUCACAUUAUAGUGUGCAAUAAGACGUCAUCUAUUUAUUUGAUGACACUUCAAGGACAGGUCGUUAAAAGUUUCUCAUCUGGUAAAAGAGAAGGUGGAGACUUUUUGGCUGCUUGUCUAUCACCAAAAGGAGAAUGGAUUUACUGUGUAGGUGAAGACAGAAACUUGUACUGCUUUAGUUAUCAGUCAAACAAAUUGGAACAUCUGAUGAAGGUACAUGAAAAGGAAGUAAUUGGUAUCACUCACCAUCCCCAUAUAAACCUUGUCGCCACCUAUGGAGAAGACUGCACCAUGAAGUUAUGGAAGCCUUGACACAUUCUUUGCCAUGUAGUUUCGGUGUAAAAUUGGAACAGGAUACCUGUAAGAUUGAUUUAUUGGUGCUGACUAUGGGGUAAAAUUGGGGAUGAUUAGUAACACUUGGUGUUUAGUGUGAUCUGGUGAUAUCCAACUUUGUGUAUAUGUAUAUUUAUCUCUGAUAUUUUUUUAGAACUUCAGUCAGUUCAAUUAGAUGCCUUAUGCAAAUGUCUUCACCA